AUGUCGUUCCUCAAAUCAUCUUCUGCUCCUCGACACAAUCGCUCCCCUAUCAAACCCUACAUCCGCUCAAUGCCUCAUCUCCCAUUCGAAGUAUUCCUGUUACUACUCUCAUACGACCAGUCGCCAUCUGUCUUAGCCAAAUUAUGUUUACUCAAUUCGGAGAUAUACAAAAUAGUCAUACGUUAUCUGUACAGGAAGGUAGAACUGGAUAAAUUGAAUUGGGAGAAGUUCCUAUGGGGAUUCGUAAUUACCAGACCUAAGGAAGGGCCUGGCAGUUUCGUCUUUAAGCCUCCAAAGGAGUUGUUAGAAAGUAUAAGCAAACACAGUAGGAAAGAGAGUGAAGAUGAUGCCAAGAAGAAUAAGAGGAACUCCGAUUCAACAACUUCGUCUGAUCAUAGUCAAAAGGAGAGAACACCUCGUCCGGAAGUAGAACCAAAUCUAACGACUGAAAGUCGUAAACGAAAUGCGUUCGAACUGAUUAGGGUACUAGUCAUCAAUGAUAUACCGAACACAACAACCGCGCAGACGUUCUUACACAUCGUCAAUUCCACUCAAGAUCGACAUCAAGGGGUAUUAUUCGGAGGGGUAAGGAAGUUGAUACUGCAUCCACAAGUUCUGUAUUCUUCUUCUCAAUGGAGGCACAUCAGCUCGAGGGGUAUCCUGAACCAAUAUCAAAGGAUACACGAACACGACUUCAUCAAAGCUUUGCCGAAUGCUAUGCCGAGGCUAGGGCUGAAACGUGCAAAGGACAGAUCGUUAUUCAUGUCAGAUCAAGCUCUGGAAACUUCUAAUUUAGGUCUGGACUCAACUGGAUCAUCAUCCUUGGGUAUCGAGAACGAUAAAAUACCUCAUGAUGACGAUGGAUUCGAGUUGGUAAUAUCAGGAUCCCUCCGGAAUCUAUCCCACUAUUACGCAACAAGAGGUAUGAGCCUAGUCACCUCGGUUCAUAUACCUCAGGAAUUCGUUUUCUCUCAUUCCAAACAACUCUUAGGUGAAACAUUAACAUCCAAUUGGAAAAUAUCAAAAUUCACAUGGCAUGAGGUGACCUUGGAAUCAUUACCUUUCGUACCCAAUGCGAAGAAAGUAGAAUAUCAUUUCGUCCAACCUAGUGUUACAACUACGAGUGCCUUAGAUGGAGGAAUGGAUACAUUGUUAUCUCGUGUGAAUAGUAUACGCUCGAUAUUGUUGGAAACAAUCUCAAAAGGUUUAGAUAUAAAAUACAAGUUUAUCGGUACAGGUCUGGGAAUCAAAUUCGAGAAUGAUGAAUCCGAGAUAGACGUACAGGAAAGAUUGAUGGAUCAAGUCAAGAAUUCCGAUCCAGGUCAUACGUUAGGAUCGUUGGUCAUCCAAGAUGAAUUUUGGAAUGAUAAUGUCACGUUCAUCACUUCGACCAGUGGAUUACUGUCAGUUGAAGAGAGGAAUACAAGAGGUAUAGAUGGGCAUGGAAUCGGCGAAUCAGGAUGUGCAUGUUAUCCUGUCACCAUUGCUGUGAAACCGAAUGAUGGUCAGGGACAACUACAAUCCUUAUCACCUCAGGACACUAGAAGAACAGAGAAUGAAAUGGGAUUUCAACCGUACAGUCAAUUUAUACAUAAUUUAUCAGGGUAA